CAAUUUUCACUUUUUAGAUUUCUUUAUUUCCUUCCAAAAGCAGAUUCAUCUAUCUCUGUAAUCCUUCCCAGUCCCCACGGUUCGAUCUCUGUCUGUGUCUGUUCCUUUCAUAUCUACACAGAUUUACAGAGAAACCUAGCCGGAAUUCUCGGAACCCACAAUGUCGCUCCGACCUAGUACCCGUACGGAGGUGCGGAGGAAAGGUUACAAGACGGGUGUCGAUGCAGAUGAGGCAAGGAGGAGGAGGGAGGACAAUUUGGUGGAGAUCAGGAAGAACAAGCGUGAGGACAAUCUUCUCAAGAAGAGGAGAGAAGGGCUCCUGCUUCAGUCGCAGCAGCAAUUGCUCGAUGCGUCUUCAAAUGAUGCUGCUAUUGAAAAGAGGUUGGAAAGUAUUCCUUUGAUGGUACAAGGGGUUUGGUCUGAGGAUCCUGCCUUACAGUUAGAAGCAACCACUCAGUUUAGGAAGCUACUAUCAAUUGAGCGUGGUCCUCCAAUUGAUGAAGUCAUCAAAGCUGGAGUUGUUCCUCGCUUUGUGGAGUUUCUUGGAAGGCAUGAUCUUCCCCAACUGCAGUUUGAGGCUGCGUGGGCCUUGACCAAUGUUGCAUCUGGCACAUCAGAGCAUACAAGAGUUGUUAUUGACCAUGGUGCUGUUCCAAAGUUUGUCCAGCUCCUUAGCUCUAAUAGUGAUGAUGUGAGAGAGCAGGCGGUAUGGGCUUUAGGUAAUGUUGCUGGUGAUUCACCAACUUGUAGGGAUCUAGUUCUUGGUUGUGGAGCUCUCAUGCCAUUGUUGGCUCAGUUAAAUGAAGGCUCAAAAUUAUCAAUGCUGAGGAAUGCUACAUGGACUUUAUCUAAUUUCUGCCGUGGCAAGCCACCAACACAAUUUGAACAGGUGAAGCCUGCAUUGCCAAUUCUUCGAGAACUUAUCCAUUUGAAUGAUGAAGAAGUUCUGACAGAUGCUUGCUGGGCACUAUCUUAUCUUUCAGAUGGCCCAAAUGACAAAAUUCAGGCUGUAAUUGAAGCAGGGGUCUGUCCACGACUUGUGGAGCUUCUAGGUCAUCCAUCUCCAACGGUUCUUAUUCCUGCUCUUCGGACAGUAGGAAACAUUGUUACUGGUGAUGAUGCCCAGACUCAGUUUGUAAUUGAAAACAACGUGCUCCCUUAUCUCCAUCAACUUCUCAUACAAAAUCACAAAAAAAGCAUCAAGAAAGAAGCUUGUUGGACGAUCUCAAAUAUCACAGCUGGGAAUAAGGUUCAAAUACAGGCUGUUGUUGAGGCGGGCAUCAUCCAUCCUCUUGUUCACCUUCUAGAACAUGCAGAGUUUGACAUAAAAAAGGAGGCUGCAUGGGCCAUCUCGAAUGCUACCUCUGGAGGAUCUCAUGAGCAGAUUCAAUUUUUGGUUAGCCAAGGCUGCAUUAAGCCACUCUGUGAUCUGCUAAUCUGUCCAGACCCACGGAUUGUGACAGUGUGCCUCGAGGGACUUGAGAACAUUUUGAAGGUUGGAGAAGCUGACAAGGAAAUGGGACUGCAUAAUGGAAUCAAUCUUUAUGCACAGAUGAUCGAUGAGUGCGAAGGGUUAGACAAGAUUGAGAAUCUGCAGACCCACGACAACAACGAAAUCUACGAGAAGGCUGUGAAGAUCCUGGAGAGAUACUGGGCUGAAGAAGAGGAAGAACAGAAUGAAGUCUCUCAGUCUUAUCCAAAAACAGAUGAACUCCAGCAGCAGGGUGCUUUUUCUUUUGGAGUUAACCAGCCAAACCUCCCCCCAGGUGGCUUCAAAUUCGGGUGAAAUGGAAAUGAUGAUUAUCCGGCCUCAUAGCUUUGUUUUGUAGGUGUUUCUGCACUUCUUGGAAAAUGAAAAUUUUGAACUUAAUGUUCUUAUUCUGGGAGCCGGCUUUAACUUUGUCUGUCAGGGAUUUGUUUGGUGCUGUUGAAAGGUUUUAAGCUUUCAACUUGCCAUCUUCAUACUUGAUUUGUAUUUCAUAAAAAUGGAAAAAGACAAGUAUUUCUUGUGAUUACUAUAUACUAGCAAUUUCUGGGGUUC